UCAAAAGCAAAGUAAAACUAAGUUUUUUGUGUGGAGAGAACUCAUUCAUGUUUGUAAUUUUUCAGUAAAUAUAACCUUUACACUUAAAAGUGCCCAUAAAAAGUCGGAGUGGUUUGUUGUGAAUUGUGAUGUAUAUUUUUCCACUUCGCAACAGCUGCUUAUCAAAUAUUUUAUUCAAACAAUUCCCUAGUGACUUAGUCCAGACAUAUAAAUGUAAGCGACUAUUUGAAGGUCAACAGUAGGUACCACUGUCGACGUAUUGAUAGAAGUUGUAGUUUCAAAAUUAUUCCUAUCUCAAUGUCUAAGUGGAUACCCAAAGUUUUGAGAAGACGUCCCACGACCGUCGGCUGCGUCGUACUGGGCCUCAUAGCAUUGGUGCAAUUAUUCGCAGCACAUGGAUACAACUAUAUUCCUCUGGAAGAUGUAGAGCGAGCCCUACUUUUUGCCGUUAAUCCAAAGAUUGGAAAAGAGAACAAGCCCCCUUGUGUAUAUGGCAGCGUUAUUAAUAAAACAAAGACUGUUGACAGCACGGAUCUGCCUAAAAAAUUUAAUGAGUUUAUGCCGAAUGGAAUUGUCAGCGGAAGCUACAUGCCAGAAAACUGCAGACCCUUGAUCAGUGUGGCCCUCCUUGUCACUUAUAGGAACAGACAGAACCAGCUGGAUGUGUUUGUGCCGUACAUGCACAACUUCUUAAGAAAACAAAACAUACAUUACAAAAUUUACGUAAUAGAGCAGGAGGAUGACAAACCCUGGAACAAGGGCAAGCUGUACAAUAUCGGAGCCAAGUAUGCCAUCGCAGACAAGUUCCCCUGCCUCAUCCUCCACGAUGUUGACCUGCUGCCACUGGAUGAGAGUAACCUGUAUGCCUGCCUCGGUCAACCUCGACACAUGAGUGCCAGCAUCGACAAGUUCAGAUUUGUCCUGCCUUACGACACCCUAGUGGGUGGAGUGCUGGCCAUAAGCUCAGAUCAAUAUGUGCAGAUCAACGGCUUCUCUAACCGAUUUAAUGGCUGGGGUGGAGAAGAUGAUGAUUUAGCUGCCAGAAUUCUCAAACAUAACCUUCUAAUUUGGAGGUUACCACCACACAUGUCCAGGUACAGCAUGCUGCCUCACAAGCAGGAAGCUAUUAAUGCCGACAGACACAAGAUAAUGCAAGAGAACUUGGAGAGUAGUGCAAGAGACGGCAUGGACACCGUGCGGUAUGAGUCCGUCAAUGUCAAAGACCAAAGGUUGUACACACUUAUCGGAGUUAAGUUAUAAUACAGAAUAGUCAGCUAGGAUAGUAUUAGUUUCUCCAAUAUAUGCUAUCAUUUUUUCACUUACAUUUAUAUUAUGAUACACAAAAGAAUACUAUGUACAGAUGUGUUAGUCUAGCACACCUAUGAGUGAGACUUUAAAUUAAUUUAGCCCCUUACUAAUAAAAGAUACAAAGUGUGUUAUGUGUAUCACAGACAUUUAUCUGAUAUCAGACAUUUAUCCGAUAUACAAAGGUAUCUAUGUUAGAAGAAAAUAUACAGCCAAACAUAUAAGUUGCUUGACAGACAAUGUAUAACCAUGAUGAUAUUGCGAGAAUAGAUCUGUUUAUA